UUCCUGUGGGGCUGGCGGCGGAGUCAAGCGACAGUAGUGGUCGCGCCAUUCAUAUUUUGCAAAUCAGGGCUGAGCAGAGGCUUCAGUGACCACAGAUUAAGGCUCACACAUGUCCGGCUCCACUCCCCCCACUCCCCCGGCCGAGGCCGUGGGAGUCGAGGGCUGUUUACUACCCGGAUACAAGCCUUUCAAACCCGAGGAUCAUGGGCUGGAUCGUGGGUUCCGUCUCACAGCCUUCUCCGACCUGAAGGGGUGAGGCUGUAAGGUCCCCCAGGAGGCUCUGCUCAGACUCCUGGCGGGACUGGAGCCCGACCCGGCUGCCGGCGCAGGGGAGGCCGGAGACCAGGCCUCGGAGUUCGGUCAGCAGCCCCCCGGCCCUCGCCUCGGCAUAGGGAUGGACUCGUGCGUGAUUCCUCUGAGACACGGAGGUCUCUCACUCGUCCAGACCACGGACUUCUUCUAUCCUCUGGUGGAGGAUCCCUACAUGAUGGGCCGGAUCGCCUGCGCCAACGUCCUCAGUGACCUCUACGCCAUGGGCAUCACAGAGUGUGACAACAUGCUGAUGCUGCUCAGUGUCAGCCAGAAGAUGAACGAGAAGGAGCGCGAGCGAGCCAUGCCGCUGCUGAUGCGAGGGUUCCGGGACGCGGCGGAGGAGGGGGGCACCUCGGUGACCGGGGGGCAGACGGUGGUCAACCCGUGGAUCAUCGUUGGAGGCGUGGCCUCAGUCGUGUGUCAGCCCAGCGAGUUCAUCAUGCCUGAUGGAGCCGUACCGGGAGACGUCCUGGUGCUCACCAAGCCCCUCGGAACCCAGGUGGCAGUCAACGCCCAUCAGUGGCUGGAUCAGCCUGAAAGAUGGAACAAGAUCAAGCUUGUUGUCAGCAAGGAGGAAGUGAAAGAGGCCUAUCAGGAAGCCAUGUUCUCCAUGGCAACACUCAAUCGCACAGCGGCUGGCCUUAUGCACAAGUUCCAGGCCCACGCAGGGACGGACGUGACGGGCUUCGGGCUGCUGGGCCACGCCAACAACCUGGCGGCGCAGCAGCGCAGCGAGGUCUCCUUCGUCAUCCACAACCUGCCCAUCAUCGCUAAGAUGGCCGCCAUCAGCAAGGCGUGCGGAAACCUGUUCAACCUGAUCCAGGGCACGUCCGCGGAAACCUCUGGCGGGCUGCUGGUCUGCCUCCCCAGGGAGCAGGCGGCCAAGUUCUGUUCGGAGAUGAAGAGCCAGGGCUCUGGGUUCGGGGGCCAGGGGGCCGCCGGCGGGGCCUGGAUCAUCGGCAUCGUAGAGAAAGGCGACCGCCGCGCCCGCAUCAUCGACAAGCCCCGCAUCAUCGAGGUCCCGCCUCGAGGGAGCCCGGCAGCCAAUCAGGACAACAGCACGACUAGCCCCGCCCCCAGCCCCAAUGUGUCAUAAGGGUGUGUGUGUGUGUGUGUGUGUGUGUGUGUGUGUGUGUGUGUGUGUGUGUGUGUGUGUGUGUGUGUGUGUGUGUGUGUGUGUGUGUGU